CUGCCAUUCGCCAUGAAUGCGGUACACAAUAUGAAUACACCGGUGAAGUCACAUAGUCAAGCGGUAAGUAUGGCUUUGCAACGUGUCUCUCUCUCUGUACUGCUGCUCAUGUUCCUUUCGAAUCACCCUAGUCCGAUGCCAGUUUUCAUACGCCUUUGCGGCCGGCGGCCAGCUCUGCCAUACCGCCAGCUCCCCAAUCCGCCUACGUCGACUACACGCCGCGCCAUCUCCACCCGCCGUCUACGCCCGCGCGUCGCUCCCAGGUUCAAAGCUACAUGGAUUCCCCCAUCGUGCGACGACAACUAGGGGUGAAUGCCGACGUGCGGUAUAUCUCCCCCGAGCCAGCCGUGGAGCAGCAGGAAAGAGAGAUGACCAUGCUGAAGGCCAGGAAGACCGCUGACUGGUGCGUGGACGACUUUGACGUGGGCCAGCAUAUUGGUACGGGUAAAUUCGGACGAGCGUACAUGGCACAGGAAAAGACAAGCAAGCAUGUUGUCGCCCUCAAAAUCCUGCAAAAGGAGGAGAUCCAGACCGCUCAAGUGUUCCCUUUUCUGAAGCGCGAGAUUGAGAUCCAAGGCCAUCUACGACAUCCAAAUAUCUUGAGAUUGUAUGGUUAUUUUCAUGACGACGAGCAUGUUUACAUGGUGUUGGAAUAUGCUUCGAAUGGUGACUUGUAUCAGCUGCUGCGAGAGAAAAAGCGUCUGAGUGAGCGUCAGACUGCAUUGUACAUGGUUCAAGUGACCGAUGCCCUGAUCUACCUUCAUACGCUGAACGUCACCCAUCGAGACCUCAAGCCUGAGAAUGUCCUCAUUGGCCAAGACGGCCGUUUGAAACUGGCGGAUUUCGGAUGGGCCAUUCACGACCCUAAGCCAAGACGCCGAACCUUUUGCGGGACGCUGGAUUACCUUCCCCCCGAGAUGGUAGAGAGCCAGCCGCAUGAUCAGCAGGUCGACGUGUGGUCGCUUGGCAUCCUGUGUUAUGAGCUAUUGACGGGGGCGCCGCCGUUUGAGGAUCUGAACGAAGGCUACACCGCGACCUACGAGAGGAUUCUCAAUGUUGAAUACACGUUCCCGCCCCAUGUGAGCGACCUUGCGCGCAAAUUCGUUCAAAAGCUGCUGAAAAAACAUCCACAGGAUCGUUUGGCCUUGAGUGAAAUACACCAUGAUCCAUGGAUUUGCAAAUACAUGGCCAGUCAAACCGCUCGCCACCGCAACCACUAGAUACCCCUUUGUCAACCCCAUUCGUGUGUAUAUUAUUAUAAUAAUGUGUGUGAUUUAUUUGGAAAAAGAAAUAAUAAGGAAAACCAGAAA